AGGUCUUCUUCUCAGAGAAACAAUUUAUAUACUCUUUUCACAAUUCCUAAAAAAAAAAGAGUAAAACUAAAUUACAGCUUUUACGAGUCCCUUUGCUCUGUCAAAAUCUCCUCAACGGACUAUUAGAGAAGAUUGAUUUUGAUAAUGGGUUACCAAAUGGUUUAUCGAUCUCUCAAGGAGUUGUUUCCACAGAUUGAUUCAAGGAUCUUAAAAGCUGUUGCUAUUGAGCACCCUAAAGAUGCUGAUGAGGCUGCAGCUGUGGUUAUUUCAGAUAUUACUCCCAAGUUUGACCCUUAUUUGCCUGAUAUUUCUCUACACCCACCAGGAAACAAAGUAGAUAGUGCUAUGCCCAAUGGUGCGUUGACUGAUUCGCAGACGAGUGCUUCUUCUUCUUCUUCUUCUUCUUCUUCUUCACGUACUACCCCUCUGGCUCUUGAUACUGACCAUCAAACGGAGUUGACAAAUGGUGAUCUUCAUAUUCAGAGUAAAGCAAUUAUCAGCCCAUCGGAUGAGUCUAGAGUGGUUUCCUCAGACCCCCUUUGUGAAGGUAGUGAUCAAGCAGAGCUAAGCACAAGCGCUGAUUCAAGUCAAGUCACACAGAAACCAUCUCGUUCAGAUGAUGUAAGAGAGGCUUCCCUGACUGCUGAAAACAGUGAUGCAGAGCUGGAUGGUGCUUUUAGCUCUAUUGUUACCCAGGGAUGCAAGAUUGAUCACCUUCAACAGAUCAUUGAAGAUGCCAAAAGUAACAAGAGAACCUUGUUCACUGUGAUGGAAUCUAUUAUGAAUCUGAUGAGAGAAGUUGAAAUUCAAGAGAAGGAUGCAGAGAAGGUGAAGGAAGAUGCUGCUAGAGGAGGCUUUGAUACCCUUCAAAAGGUCGAGGAUCUUAAGAAGAUUCUGGCACAUGCCAAGGAGGGAAAUGACAUGGAUGCUGGAGAAGUUUAUGGGGAGAAGUCAAUUUUGACCAGUGAAGUAAACGAGCUUGAAAACCGCUUGCUCAAUUUAUCAGAAGAACGAGACAAGUCAUUGUCUGUUCUUGAUGAGAUGCGUGGAGUCCUCGAAAUGAGACUAGCGGCAGCUCUGGAGAUUAAAAAUGCAGCUGAGCAAGAAAAGCAAGAAAAAGAAGGUUAUGCACAGAAGGCACUUGCUGAACAAGAAGCGAUCAUGGAGAAAGUUGUCCAAGAAUCUAAGCUUCUACAAAAGGAGGCAGAGGAAAACUCCAAGUUGCGAGAGUUCCUUAUGGAUCGUGGUCGGAUUGUUGACUCCUUACAAGGAGAAAUCUUUGUGAUCUGUCAGGACAUCCGAAUCUUGAAAGAGAAAUUCGACAACAGAGUGCCGUUGAGCCAAUCAGUCACCUCAAGCCAGACGAGUUGUAAACUGGCUUCUUCUGGAUCAUCCAUGAAGAGCUUAUUGCUUGAGAAGCCUCUUGAGCUAUCUUAUGAAACACCUGAAGCCUCAAGCAGCAACAAGAGCCCAAAAGCUUUGGUUGAGGAGCGAAAAGACGAACGUAAGGAGCUCCUGGAAGAUGGCUGGGACAUUUUUGACAAAGAGACAAAACUCUAAAUGUCUUCUAUAUAGAAGAUUCCAUCUCUUCCUUAUAAAUAAAAUCUGGUUUUACGAAAAAAGAGGGGAUUUUUGGUUCAAGGUUUAUUCUCCACUUUGCAAAACUUACAUCGUCCAUUCAUCUACUGAGUUUGUGUUUCUUCUUUCCCUCGUUGUACAGUUUACUCAAUAGUUUUCUGGAAAACGGUUGGAGAAUUUACUUACUUCAAUAUAUAAGGGAUAAUUUUCCUAAA